AUGACUUCAGAACCAGCACCAGACGCCGACCCCAGUAGGAGAGCCCUGAAAAAGCCGUGUCCGUUCAGCAUCGAGGACAUCCUCUCCAGCCCUGUGGAGAAGAGCCCCCAGGUCUUGGUCCCACUGUGCCUACGGAGCAUCUUAGACUGCACACCCAAAGGGCUGUGUGAGCUGGAGACCAUCCCAGCCAGCUCCCUGCAGGAGGAAGAGGAGGAGGAGGAGGAAGAGGAAGAGCUGGAAGGGGCAGGCUGUGGCUGCUGCUGCUGUUCUCACACAAGCACCCGCUCCCUGCAGGACUCGCCGGCUUGGCUGGAUGCCCGGUUCCCCUGGCCCAUGAGGCUCUUCCACUCGGCAGUCAGGGUCUGCAAGAGUCCCCAGGAGAACCCCAGCGAGCUGCAGACUUUCCACCAGAUCCAGCGCCGGACGCGCCGGCACCGCACCAUCUUCACCGAGGAGCAGCUGCAGGCCCUGGAGACGCUUUUCCACCAGAACCAGUACCCGGAUGUCGUCACCCGGGAGCACCUGGCAAACCGCAUCCACCUGAAGGAGGAGAGGGUAGAGGUUUGGUUUAAAAAUCGUCGGGCGAAGUGGCGGCACCAGAAGAGGGCGAGCACCUCAGCACUGAUCCUGCAGGGCACCAAGCAGCCCCCUGAGGAGAGCUGUUAG